GUUCAGAAUCCACUCAGUAUACUUCAUACUCUUACGUUCAUCGUUUUCCAUCGUCUAUAAUCAUCUUAAAAAUUUAUUAGAAAUAUUUUUUUUUUAAUUCUAGAAAUUAAAAAUGAAGUACUUCGUUACCAUUUUUAUGGUUUUCCAUAUAUCUCUAAUUUUGCUACAAAAGACGUCAACUGCAUCACCCCUGGAUAACUACUUGGAUAAAGAUUCACUUGAAGAAAAUGGAGUUGAACUAUUGACAGACAUAGAAGAAUACAUGGAUAAGGAUGCAGAAGACAAUGGAUCCGCUUUAGACUUUCCUGAUGUACAAAAAAGGAAACUAUCGUCUCAUAGAAUAUUCCGUAGAUAUUGUGUGCCAAGAGGAGAAAACUGCGACCACAGGCCCAAAUACUGCUGUAACAGUAGUUCCUGUCGUUGCAAUCUUUGGGGAGUAAAUUGCAAAUGUCAAAGAAUGGGAUUCUUUCAGAGAUGGGGAAAGUAAAUAAGUUCUAAUGACUAAUUUCAAAGUAAAUUGUUUCAAAAAUAACUCAGUCUACAAAACCAAAGAUUAUCUUUUUGCUUUUAUUUCAACAGUGUAAUAAAAUACAAUUAUAUUUGAUUGUCAUUUAUUGUGUUUUAUUUACAAUAAAAUGAAUACCCGAUAGUCUACAA